AUGCAUCCCCCUUCACUGCUGCUGCUGCUGCUGCUGCUGCUGCGCUGCUCUGUGGUGAAGACCAGAGGGCUGCCUUGUGGGAGUUUCUGAGAACGCUGUGCCAAUGGAGGCACCUGCCUGAGCCUGUCUCAGGGCCAAGACACCUGCCAGUGUGCUCCUGGCUUCCUGGGGGAGACAUGCCAGUUUCCUGACCCCUGCCAGGAUGCCCAGCUCCACCAGAAUGGGGGCAGCUGCCAAGCCCUGCUUCCGGCCCUUCCAGGCUCCUCCAGCCCCUUCUCUCUUGUAACCACCAGCUUCCUCUGCAUCUGCCCCUCUGGCUUCACUAGCGAGAGGUGCCAGGCCCAGCUCAAGGACCCCUGUUCUUCUUUCUGUUCCAAAAUGGGCUACUGCCACAUACAGGCCUUCAGGCUCCCACAAUGCUCCUGCUUGCCCGGACGGACAGGUGAGCAGUGCCAACUUCAGGGCUUCUGCUCAGCCAACCCCUGCUUGAACGGAGGGGGAUGUCUGACCACCUACCCCCAGAUCCAGUGCCACUGCGAACACAAUGUCAAUGAGUGUUUUCCAGACCCAGGACCCUGCCCCAAGGGCACCACCUGCCGUAACACCCUGGUGUCCUUCCAAUGUCUCUGCCCCACUGGACAGGAAGAUCUACACUGUGAGCUGUGGCCAGGACCCUGUCCCCCAACAGGCUGUCCCAAUGGGGGCACCUGCCAGCUGGUUCCAGGGAGAGACUCCACCUUCCAUCUCUGCCUCUGCCCCCCAGGUCUCACAGGCUUCAGUGGUAAGGUGAAUCCGGAUGACUGCAGGCACCAGUAUCAGAGUGGGGGCACGUGCCCAGAUGGGAGGGGCACCUACACUUGCCUCUGCUCAGAGGCCUGGACUGGCUGGGACUGCUCUGAAGAUGUGGAUGAAUGUGAGCCCCAGGAUCUCCCUCGCUGCAGAAACGGGGGUACCUGCCAGAACUCAGCUGGUGCCUUCCAUUGUGUUUGUGUAAGUGACUGGGGAGUCACAGGCUGCAAGGAGAACCUGGACAACUGUGCUGCUGCCACCUGUGCCCCAGGAUCCAUUUGUGUUGACCACAUGGGCUUCUUUUCCUGCCUCUGCCCACCUGGCCGCACAGGCCUGCUGUGUCACAUGGCGGACAUGCGCCUGAGCCAGCCAUGCCACGAGGAAGCCCAGUGCAGCACCAACCCAACAGGCGCCACACUCUGCCUGUGUCAGCCUGGCUACGCAGGGCCCACCUGCCACCAGGACCUGGAUGACUCUUCUCUCCUCCCAGCCCAGCGAGGCUCUGGUCCCUGUGAACAUGGCAGCUCCUGUCUCAAUCGCCCCGCUGCCACCGUUUGCCUCUGUUCCCCUGGCUACCCAGGCUCCUGCUGCAAGGCCAAUCACGAAGAAUGCCUCCCAUGCAGCACCUGACUGGACGUGCUUGCCACCUGCCACUGCCUCUGCCCACCAGGUACCAGCUGGAGUGGCUCCGAGAUGGAGACCGACAAGUGUGCCUCGGCUCCUUGCUUGAACCAGGCCUACUGCCACAACCAGCUCAAUGGCUUCCAGGGCACGCGCCUGCCCGAUGAGAGCAGAUUCUGCUCUACCCUCCCAGGAUUCACAGGCUCCCGCUGUGAGGAGGAUGUCAACAAGUGUGGCAGCUCUCCCUGUGCCAAUGGUGGGUAGUGCCAGGACCAGCCUGGGUCCUUCCAUUGCAAGUGUCUCACAGGCUUUGAAGGUCCACGCUGGCAGGUGGAGACAGGUGAGUGUCUGAGUGGCCCAUGCCCCAUGGGCCCCAGCUGCCUUGAUCUCCCAGGAGUCUUCUUUUGCCUCUGUCCCUCUGGCUUCACAGGGCAUCUCUGUGAGGUUCCCCUGUGUGCCCCCAACCUCUGCCAGCCCAAGCAAAAAUGCAAGCAUCGGAAGGACAAGACCUCUCUGCCCCUCCACUGCCUCUGCCCCAGUGGAAGCCCUGGCUGUGCCCCCACUGAGGACAAGUGCACCUGCCAGCACGGGCGCUGCCAGAGAUCCUCACAUGUGUCUGACGUGGGUUGGACAGGACCAGAGUGUGAGGCAGAGCUGGGGGUCUGCAUCUCCAUCCUGGCCCAUGGGAGGACCUGCCACCCCCAGCCCUCUGGCUCCAACUGCACAUGCCCCACAGGCUACACAGGGCCCACCUGCACUGCAGAGCUGACAGCUUGUCACUCAGGCCCUGCAAGAUCCAGCCCGUCCUGCUGCUCAGUGCUGGGGUGGGCUCUCUUCCUGGUUCCAUCUCUUUGCUUGCAGUGUGCCCCAGGCUACAGUGGACAGAGCUGCUCAAAGGAACCCAAUGCUUGUCAGUCCCAGCCCUGUCACAACCAUGGGACCUGCACCCCUAAACCUGGAGGCUUCCACCGUGUCUGCCCUCCAGGCUUUGCGGGGCUGCACUGUGAGGGGGAUGUGAAUGUGCCUGGUCCAGCCCUGCCCCUCAAAGACACUGCAGCCUGCCACUCUCUAGCAUAUGCCUUCUACUGCCAGUAUCUGCCUGGACACACAGGCCAGUGGUAUGAAAUGGAGACAGACCCCUGCCAGAGCCAGCCCUGCUCCCAUGGAGGGUUUUGUGAGGCCACAGCAGGACCACCGCCGGGUUUCAGCUGCCACUGUCCCAAGGGUUUUGAAGGCCCCACCUGCAGCCACAGAGCCCCCUCCUGUGGCCUCCAUCAUGGCCACCACGGUGGCCUGUGUCUGCCCUCCCCCAGGUCCGGCAUCCCACCCCACUGUGUCAGCCUCCGUGGCCACAGUCAGGCCGACUGCCUGACCCCACCUGCGCAGGGCUGUGGCCCUCCUCUUCCUUGCCUGCACAACAGCAACUGCUCAGAGACCUCCACGCUGGGGGGCCCAGGCUUUCGGUGCUCCUGCCCUCCCAGCUCCCCAGCGCCGUGUCAGAGACCCAGAGCAAAGAGAUGUGAGGGCACAGGCGGGGACAGGGCCUGUGAUACUGGCCGCAGUGGCCCAGAAGGAAACUGGGAUGGGGGACGCUCCCUGGAGGUCCUGGGCCCUUGGAAGGGCUGCCCCUCCCACUCCUGUUGCUCGCUUCUCGCAGAUGGGCAGUGCCAUCCGCAGUGUGACUCUGAAGAAUGUCUGUUUGAUGGCUACGACUGUGAGAUUCCUCCAGCCUGCACCCCAGCCUAUGACCAGUUCGGCCAUGAUCACUUCCACAAUGGGCAAUGCAAGAAAGGCUGCAACACUCCAGAAUGUGGCUGGGAUGGGGGCACCUGCAGGCCUCCUGACGGAGGUGGGAAUUCCAAGCGGGGGCCUUCCCGUCUCACCAGCGCCCCAGCCAACCAGCAGCUACUUUCCCUGGCCCAGGUACUGCCCCUGACGAGGGUAGAGCUCUGUGUGAGGAAGGAUAGUGACAGCAGAGACAUGGUGUACCCCUUUCCUGGGGCCCAGGCCAAAGAGGAGCUAGGAUGAAUCCCAGACCCCUCUCAUCAGGAGACAGCAGCCCCUCAAACGCAGCCUGUGGGCAAGGAGACGGACUCCCUCAGCACAGGGUUUGCAGUGAUGGGUGUGGAUUUGUCCCACUGUGGCCCUGACUACCCUGCAUCCCACUGUCCCUGGGACCCUGGACUCCUGCUCUGCUUCCUUGCUGCCAUGGCUGCAGUGGGAGCCCUAAAGCCCCUACUGCCAGGACCGCUGCUGGCUGCUCCCCCUCGUGCAGGCACUGGUAGGUGGCCCUCCAACCAGCUUCCCUGGCCUGUGCUGUGCCCACUGGUGGCUGGGGUGUUUCUCCUGGCCCUCGGGACUCUUCUCGUACUCCAGCUCAUCCGGCAGCAGCAACAGCAGCAGCACCAGGAGCACGGGACCCCCUGGCAGCCCCCUGGAUUUACUCAAAGGCCUCGGACUCAGCCAGCUCCUUGCCCACGCCAGCCACCACUGGAUCCCAAGGCUGAAGAAACGGCCUCACCUGCCAAGUGCCAGCUCUGGUCUCUGAGUGGUGACUGUCAGGAGCUCCUCCAGGCAGCCAUGCUGACUCCUCAGGAGUCUGAGAUGGAUAUCCCUGAUAUGGAUACCCAUGGACCUCAUAGGGUGACACUCCUGGUAUCAGCAGUCUACUCUGGGGGAGUGGAGUCCAGGACCUUCCAGGGGGCAUGGCUGGAAAGUUCAGAGUCCUGGGAUCCUCUGUUAGAUGGAAGGGCCUGCCCCCAGGCUCACACUGUGGGGACUAGAAAGACCCCUCUGCACCUGGCUGCCCAAUUCUCCCAGCCAACUGCAGCCCGCCACCUCUUUCAGACUGGAGCCAACCCCAACCAGCCAGACAGAACAGGGCGCACACCCCUUCAUACCGCUGUGGCUGCUGAUGCUUGGGAGGUUUGCCAGAUCACUCCUACUCCACAGCAGGCAGGCCACAGUGGAUGCAAGGAUGGGACCACGGCCCUGAUGCUGGCCGCCAGGCUGGCAGUGGAGGACCUGGUUAAAGAAUUGAUUUCAGCCCAAGCAGCUGUGGGAGCCAGAGAUAAAUCAGGAAAAACCAGUCUGCACUGGGCCGCCGCCGUGAACAAUACCGGGGUCGCCCGCUCCCUUCUCCAAGCCGGAGCCGAUAAGGAUGCCCAGGACGGCAGGGAGCAGAUGCCACUGUUCCUGGCCUCCCGAGAAAGGGAGGUGGAGGUAGUCUAGCUACGAGCGCUGGGGGCGGUCAGAGGACUGAGGGAUCAAGCGGGACUAGCGCCUGCAGACAUCGCUCACUAGAGAAAUCAGUGGGAUCUGCUGGCUCUGCUUCAAAGGGGGGGGCCACCAGGGACGCGUCACAAAACCACGCCGAGCCGCGGGGCGGGAGCCUUCGCGCGUGCGCAGACCGCCUCGGGAAGCGUGCUGCCGCGCGUGUACGGGGCUCUGUUGCGCAGCCAGACGCUGUCAGCGGGAACAGUCCCGCACGGGGGCGGAGUAGGUCUGCAAACCCAAACUUUGUCGGUAGAUUUGGCCGCGCGUGGGGGCGGGGCCUAUUCGCAGUGCCAAAGCCAAUCGAAAGGAGAAGCCGGAAGAGGCCCGCCCCGCGGCCGGAGGUUUUCCGCAGUCGUGUGCGAGCCGCGGCGCAAACGUGCAGUGGUACAAGGAAGAUCCGGGGUCGCGGCCUGGAGCGGGGGUGUGGCCUCAGCUGACUGGCCCUGAGACUGGGUGGCCUUGGGUGCCUCCGGUCCCACCUCCAACACUCUGAUUCCGCCUUCUUGCCUUUUUCCGUCCCCGGAUCGGGAAUCUCGAGUUCCUGUAGUCAGUCCCCCAGCCCACCAAGUAAUACCCUUAAAUGCAAUAAGCGAAGGUCAAAAGUAGAAGGCUAAUGACAGGGUGGGAUUCUAA